AUGAUAAUGACUGAUCUUUCAUUCCUGAUACUGACCUCGUCUUGUACACAAAAUAGAAUAUAUCAAGUAAAAUGGACAUGUAUCAAAAAUUUGGAUUUUGUAACAAGAUACCUCAGACAAUGUUAUGACUACCCUAAUAAUAGUAUAGAUUUCGUAGAAUAUCAGAUAGAGGAGCAUGUAGAAAACGAUAUUGACAACAGAAUGGACAUUGAAAUGGAAAGCGACAUGAAAAGUGAUACCGACAUCGACACUGACUACCUCAUGUACAAUAGUGAAAGUUAUCAAGUUCAGUGCAGAGAUCCUGAUCACCAUGAAUCAAGUAGCAAAGGUUAUUGUCAAAUAUGUAAUGGCGUCAAUUAUCAAGAAAUAACAUUUGGAAAGAUUUUGGAUAUGUUUAUCAAAACCUACGACACCGAAAGAAAGUACUUCGAACUUAUUCCACAGUACCCUGUAUUUGAUCAAAUGCAUGUGGAUUGUCUUGAUCCUUUCAAAACUUUGAUUGUAUUCAACAAAGAGUUUUACUCAUAUUUGGAAUUCAAAAAGAAACCAACUUUGUUUCUCGAAGACAUUUUAAAGGUUGAUGCGUCGAUGCUCAAAGUUGAUAAUGAUUUCGUCUUCAAACAUCGAGAAUUCUUUUCCCCCAAUUCUAAUUGUGAAAAAUCUAUUGUGGAAGAACAAGAACAACCAAUCGAUGUCUUACAAUAUACCCAACUAUUAGAAAAAAUGGAAAAGUGGUUGAAGAACGAAUCAAACUCAAAUAUCUAUAGAUUUUGUCAAUUCGAUAAAAUGGACUUUGUAUUGGAUAGGGAUGAUACACCGGAUUUAUUUAUCUCUACCUUAGAAUUUUUUUUAAAAAUGUCACAACAAAUCACCAUCGUAUGUUAA